AUGAGCGAAGUGAGAAAGUCGGGGGGGGGGGGGGACAAUGGAAACAACAGGAAUUGCUCAUCUUUCCCAGGAAGGAAAGCACAUAAAGGAACCCUAAAAAUGGUAGUCAGUGGCUCUCAUAGCUCCAAGGAAGACCAUCACUCAGCACUCACAAGGAAUGAACUGAACACACACACACUUAAGGACAGGUAUACUCUUCUCCCCCCCCCCCCAUUUUCUUAGCUUACUAUCAAUGUGGGUGGUGCCAGAGGAGGGGGAGGCAAGCACCCCCCAACAAGAAGCUCACCCCCAACUCCUUCCCCCGCUGCUGAGCUCCUGUCAGUAACAUAAACUGAUAUUUCCCCCUUUCACAGAGCUUUAACAUGUGGGACACAACUCACCCUAUUAGAGAUAAACUUUGCCCCUUCUCUUCCCACUCACACUAGAUUUCCCCCCUGCUGCCACCACUGCACAUCAGGCUCCAGUACUUGUGUAACAGCUGCGUGACAGGCCGAACUCCAACAGAUGCAGCUAAAAAAGCAAGACAGGAGUGGAGCCCGUGGUGCCAGGACCCUGUUUGCAGCACGACCCCUUUUAUGAUUCCACCCAGCCCUCAUUUUUGCUCCCUCUCUUUCCGUACUGGCUCCUAACCUCCCUCACCUCACCUUGUGCCCCCCUGGUUUUUCUUGCCUCCGCCCUGCAGACGCCAGCUGUGCAUGCCCUCGAGGCCAAAGUACAAAUUUCACUUAGCCUUAUCAGAAUCCAGAUCCUUUUCUCUCUCCCCACCGGAGUAACAAACGCCAGUGGGGAGGCAAACAAGAAGUCCGGCACCGAGUGGCAGCCCUGUGGGGAGACCCUCACCCUCCACCCUCCCAGCUGCCCCCCCUUGUUUACACCCACUCACCAACACACACGCUGCUGGAAACUCAACUGGUAAGCCCAGCUUUAUGGGGUGGACAUUUUUGGGAGUGGGGUGGCUUUGGAAGAGUGGGGGAAGGCAUGGUGAGGAAGAAGAGCAGGACAGGGGGAAAGAGGACCUAGGAAAGGUCAGAGGUCAGGAACAGCUGCUUCUCCCCAAAGCCCCCCUUUCUCAGUACACAACAGGUAUAUAGCAAAAGUAAGGAAGGAAGGUCGGCUGUUUUUGGGAAGAAUUGGCAGAAUGAACCAGGACCGCAAACGGGGUUUGCCUUUUUAUUGCUUUCUUCUUCACAGCUCUUUGUUUUUCUCCUCCAGCCGAGCCAGACACUCAGGAGAGAGUUGCUUUCUUCUCUUGACCUUUCCUUUCCUUUUCUCUUUCUCCCCUCCCUUGUUCUCUUUCCUUUCCAGGUUGCGUAACGGCUGCCCUUUUAUCUACACCCAGAGGCGCAGGCGCUUGCAAGGAGCUGGACGUGACAUUCGCACAGGUGGUAAACUCAAGGUGCCUUAA